AUGCCCAUGAGAUCGAAGAAAAAGCUAGAGCUUGUUCACUCAAAUGUUCAUGGACCUUUUGAAGUCAAGAUGAAUGAAGAUGCCCAAGUUGACAAUUUCGGAGUCAAAGCUGCUCUUUCCAUCUUAAGAUUCUACAAAAGGGAAAUUUCGCCAAUCUUGCCGAGGAGCUGUCGAUACGUUCCAACUUGCAGUGAGUAUUCCAUGGAGGCAUAUAAGAGGUAUGGUGUUUUGAAGGGUACAACUUUGACCGUGUGCCGUCUCUGUCGUUGCAAUCCUCUUGGUGGGUCUGGAUUUGAUCCUCCAAGAUGGUUUGGUGAGAUUAGACAAGGGGAAGAACUUGACGAUUGA